UUUUCGACCUCCUUUUCUCACUCUCCUCCUCCUCCUCUCUUUUUUUUUUUUUUUNUUUUCAAGUCGAAACAACAUAAAUUUUUUCACUUCCGCAUUGUUCAAGUCUAAUCUAGUUGUCGAUUGGCAACUGCCAAUCGUUCCGCUUCUUGAACGGCGCUUGCGUUCUAAAGAGUCAGAAAAGCCCAGGAAUCAUGGAUGUCCAGCAGGUCAACUCAAGGGCAAUUCAUGACGAGGUCGACCUCGAAUUCGACCACUCUGAAACAUCGAGCGAUGAAAAUGACACAAGAGACCGUGGAGAAAAGGGGGGCUCAGAGGCCCAAGAUGAAAAGCACCAGUCGCAGCCGCAAGUCAAUGGUGAUUUAGAGCGGCAGCAAACAACGAGAUCCGCAGCAUCUUAUCAAGAAACAUACCCUGAAGGUGGACUCCAGGCAUGGCUCGUGGUGGCAGGCUCUUGGUUCGCCAUGAUCGCUUCCAUGGGGUUGAUGAACAGCAUUGCCGUGUUCCAGGCCUAUACGCUCAGCCAUCAACUCAAGGGCACGAGCGAGAGCACCGUCGGUUGGAUCUUCUCCAUCUACACUUGGCUGGCCUUUUUCGGUGGCGUCUAUAUCGGCCCCGUCUUCGACAAGUACGGCCCAAAGUGGCUGGUCGUUGCUGGAUGUGCCUGUACCGUCGGUGCCUUGGUUGGCAUGAGCUUCUGCACCGAGUUGUACCAAUUCAUCCUGUCGUUUGGCAUCCUCGGCGGCCUGGGCACGUCGCUCACCUUCACUCCCUGCAUCGCAGCGGUUGGCCAUUGGUUCAAAGCAAGGCGUGGCUUCGCCACUGGGCUUGCAUCGACGGCGGGUGGUAUCGGAGGCAUUAUCUUCCCCCUCAUGCUCACUGCCUUGUUCGAGCGCAUCAGCUUUGGCUGGGCCACACGAGUCCUUGCUCUCAUAUGCCUGGUGUGCGGGCUUGUGGGAAUCACUCUCGUCCGAUCUCGUCUGCCACCAGCCAAGAAUGCAACGGCUCAUCCCGACUUUCGCAUCUUCCGACAGAUUCCGUUCCUGCUAACCACCAUUGGUGUCUUCCUCUUGGAGUUCUCGCUCUUUAUUCCUCUGACGUACAUCACAACUUAUGCACAGUAUGAGGGCUUUGAUAGCACGUUUGCCUACCACCUCUUGCCUAUCAUGAAUGCUGGCUCUGUGAUAGGCCGAGCACUCCCGGGAUACUAUGCUGACGUCGUCGGAGCCUUCAACGUGUGUAUCUUCUCCGUGGUAUUCUCCUUCAUAUCAUGUCUGUGUGUGUGGCUACCGCUGGGUCAUACCAAGCCGGGCAUCAUCAUCUUUUCUUUCUUGUUCGGCUUCGGAAGUGGUAACAGCAUUGCCAUUGCACCCGUAUGUAUUGGGCGGAUGUGCAAGACACAAGAGUACGGCCGUUACUAUGCCACAACAUACACCGUCGUAUCUUUUGCAUGCUUGAUAGGCAUUCCAAUUGCUGGAAGCGUCGUGCAAGCCGAUAACGGUUCUUAUACAGGGCUCAUCAUCUUCACCAGCUGCAUCUACAUUGGUGCAGCAAUCAUACUCAUAUUUGCCAAAACAUGGAAGCUUGGGUGGAAGAACUGGCUCGCUGCCUAUUGAGAAAAGAAACAAAGAGAGAGAGAGAGAGAGAGAGAGAGAGAGAGAGAGAGA